AUGCCGGAGGGUAGAGCUGGUCCUAUUGGUAUUGCACCUCAGGUGGCACGCGAGGAAUCGCAGCAAGAUGUCGCAGGACAGAAUCGUUCUAGCAAAGUUCCCUUUCCAAUUGCUAUUGUUGGGAUGGCAGUCAGACUUCCCGGAGGGGUAAAUACUAUGGAUAAGUUCUGGGACAUGUUGAUCAACAAAAAGGAUGGACACUGCAAAGUCCCAGAGACAAGAUAUGGGGCGGACGCAUUUUACAACGCUACCCGGCCGGGUACCGUCAAAACCCGCCAUGGAUACUUCCUACAAGAAGAUGUUGGUCAUAUUGACCGGUCAUUUUUUUCCAUGAGCAAGACUGAAGCAGCAAAGCUAGAUCCACAGCAGAGGCUGCUUCUGGAGGUCGUAUGGGAAUGCAUGGAGUCUGGUGGACAGACGAACUGGCGUGGUCAAAGCAUUGGCUGCUAUGUCGGCGUCUUUGGAGAAGACUGGUUGGAAAUGUCUAGCAAGGAUACCCAACACAUGGACCGAUUCCAUGUCGUAAGCGCGGGGGACUUUGCGCUCUCGAAUCGCGUGUCCUACGAAUACGACCUACAGGGACCGAGUAUCACAUAUCGAACGGCUUGUUCAUCCUCUAUGGUUGCCUUACAUGAUGCCUGUCAGGCACUGUAUAGUGGUGAAUGUUCCUCGGCCGUCGUCGCCGGGUCGAAUCUUAUUCUGACACCCACCAUGACCAUAUCUAUCUCAGAUAACAUGAUCUUAUCACCAGACGGAGUUUGUAAGACAUUCGAUGCCUCCGCUGAUGGCUAUGGUAGAGGCGAGGCUAUCAACGCCAUCUAUAUUAAACCAUUGGCGGAAGCAUUGCGACAAGGAGACCCUAUUCGCGCUGUCAUUCGCUCAACGGCUGUGAAUUGUGAUGGAAGAACACCAAGCAUCACAACACCUGGCUCGGAGGCUCAAGAGCGCCUCAUUCGACGCGCAUAUCAGAAGGCUGGCAUUGAAAACAUCUCCCAGACAGGAUUUUUCGAAUGCCAUGGAACGGGGACAAUUGCUGGUGAUACGGCGGAGACAUCUGUCGUCGCGAAGGUCUUCCCUGAGGGUAUCCAUAUUGGAGCGGUCAAAGCCAAUGUUGGACAUUCGGAAGGUGCGUCGGGGAUAACCUCGAUCAUCAAGUCUGCUCUCGCACUCGAGAAGAGGAUCAUCCCUCCCAAUGUGCAUUUCACGAGUCCAAACCCGUCAAUUCCUUUCGAAGAGGCAGGUCUGAAAGUGCCACUAAGCCCAACAGCAUGGCCUGACGGUCGAUGCGAACGAGUGAGCGUGAAUUCAUUCGGGAUUGGUGGAACAAAUGCACAUGUCAUCCUGGAAUCCCUUGCCUCCAUAUCUCACGCUCAACAACAGCGACCCACAGAUACGACAAGCCCUCAAGUAUUGGUUCUGUCUGCAAAGAAUGGAAAGUCUUUACAGAAGGCUGUGGAUCACAUGAAAGAGUACAUCACCAAAAUGCCAUGUCCAGUGAAUGAUCUCGCAUAUACCCUAGGCGUGAGACGGGAACAUCUAGCUCACCGAGCAUUCGCCAUCAUUGAUCCCGAUGGAACAACGUCAGAUUUUGAGAAGUGCCGCGACAUAACAUCUGAAAUCACUUUUGUCUUCACUGGCCAAGGUGCACAAUGGGCCGGGAUGGGAAAAGAGUUAAUGUCCACAUCACCAUGUUUCCUGAACAGCAUUAGGGCCAUGGAUCAAGAGUUGUCCUUGCUGAAGAAUCCUCCCAGCUGGACUUUGGAAGAAGAGCUAGCGAAAGAUGACGAAUCAAGCAGGAUUCAGCAGCCUGAAUUUGCUCAGCCGCUCUCCACAGCAGUACAGGUCGCACUGGUAGAUCUUCUUGAAGAAUGGGGUGUACGUCCAACAUCAGUAAUAGGUCACUCUAGUGGCGAGAUCGCCGCUGCAUAUGCUUCUGGUGCAAUAAAAGCAGGUGUGGCAAUUUCAAUAUCAUACUUGAGGGGUAGAGCCGUAGGUGAGGUGACUACGAAGCCUGGUGGCAUGGCUGCAGUUGGUCUCCCAGCCGACAAGGCCAGAAAGUACCUUCUGGGUGAUGUGACUGUGGCGUGUGAUAAUAGUCCACAGUCCGUGACGCUCUCUGGUGAUGCAGGCUCUCUUGACAAGGUGCUUGAGAAUAUUGAAGCAGAUGACCCAGAAACAUUUUGUAAACGCCUGAAAAUCUCUGUGGCAUAUCACUCUGAAAGCAUGAAGGAACCUGGCAUUGCAUAUGAGACCAUGAUGAAGCCGAUCAUAUCCCAUAAUGACAAUAUGAUACCGCUUUACUCGACGGCCCAAGACGGUGUCAUAUUGGAUCCGACGAUGCUGGAUGCGUCAUAUUGGCGGGAUAAUCUGCAAUCCACGGUUUUGUUUAACGGUGCCGUUCAGCGAUUGCUUCAAGAAACACGGCUGCCAAAUCUUUUUGUUGAGAUUGGUCCUCACUCAACACUCUCAAGCCCGCUGCGCCAAAUCCUACGCAAAUACGAUGCCGAUCAAAUGUCCAAGUAUAUCCCGACCCUCGUUCGCGGCCAGCCUCAGUGGAAGGCUCUUCUUAUGACUGCUGGAAGACUUCAUAGUAACGGAGCCUUUGUUGACCUGAAUGUGGUCAAUAAUACUAAAGGCGCUUCGAUUUUGACGGAACUUCCGGCUUAUCCAUGGCUGCACGAGGAGAGUUUUUUCAGCGAAACGAGGCUGGUUCAUGAAUGGAGAAACCCAAAGACGCCACAUCACGAGCUACUAGGGCCUCGCUCUCUGGAAUCAACAGAUCUGGAACCUUCAUGGAGGAGAGUUCUCUUUGUCGGACAUGUACCCUGGUUGUGGGACCACAUGCUGGGAAAAGAGCUCAUUUUCCCCUGCGCUGGAUACAUUGCCAUGGCCGGUGAGGCGAUUCGACAGACAGUCGGGAUGGAAGAUUACACAAUCCAUAACUUGACCUUGAAGACGCCAUUAGUGCUCAAAGAGAGCGAAGCCGCAGAGCUAGUGACCAGCCUUCGUCCGACAAGACUCACCAUGACGACGGAUUCUCCGUGGUACGAGUUCACAAUAUCGGCGUAUCAGAAUGGGACAUGGAAAAAGCAUUGCACUGGCAAAGUCAGAGCCGGAACAGUGAAACAACAUGUCCCACCUGAUUUCAUCUCAUAUCCGCGCAUGGUUUCUUCCAAGUCAUGGUACGAAGCGAUGAAAAGGCGCGGUCUAAACUUUGGCCCUGAAUUCCGAAGAUUGAAGAACAUUUCUGCCAAUCCCUGCAGUCCCCAGGCAAGGGCCCGUGUCCAAUAUAGUGACGAGAGUGAUGCGAAACACUCUAGCUUUUAUGCCAUCCAUCCGACCAUAAUUGAUCAGAAUCUUCAGAUGCUCGGCGUCGCAAUUUGUCGGGGAUCUUCUCGUCAUAUGACCAAACUCUGUAUGCCCAUGGCAAUCGAAAGCAUCUAUAUUGCUCCAGGUCGUGGGCUGAUGUUUAUUGAUGCGUCAUGCAAUCCUACUGGCGACUGUAUAAUCGGCAACGCAAUGAUGAUCUCUGAAAAUCGGGUUGUUCUUUCAAUGGAAAAAGGCGUACUUUUCGGAGUCGAAGAUUCAGAUGACACGGAAAGGAAUGAUUGUUUGGUUGCCCGUAUUGAUUGGAAGCCACACGUCGACAUGGUUUCCUUGGCGGAGGACCUCCUACCCAAGAUUUUGAAUAACCGUGCUUCAACUCUCCUUGAUGCUUUCUUUGAAUCAGUCAUAAUAACAACAGCGGACAAAAUUCAACCGUUGCACCCGAAUAAUUUCCAUCUUGAAGGAUAUCAACGCUGGAUCUGCUCCCAAGCGGAUGCAAGGAAGCAAUCCAGGAAAUGCGGAAAAUCACUCUGCCAAGAUGAUCAUCUGACCGAGAUCAUGAAAGAAAUCGAGGAAGAGUACACUGAGCUGGCGCCUCUCAUGAAACUGGCAAGGAAAGUUUCAAUGGUUUCGGACGUCUUGGUGGAGGGGACGGUCGGCCCUGAGGAACUGGGACAUACAGCAGUAGAUCUUUUCAGGUUUUACAAGUCAUUGUCAGUGACGGCAGGAUACGCUGAGUUCUUCUCUCUUCUUAGCCAUUCUAACCCGGUGAUGCGAGUCUUGACUAUUGGACUGGGCAAUGGGUUCGCUGUGACCCAAGCUUUAUGCGGGCUAACAUCAAAUAAUGGCACUCCCAUGUAUUCAAAAUACACUGUCACCGACAGGACAGAAGAUGGAGUUGGUCGUGCAAAAGAGACAUUCUCAUGGGCCCCCAGAAUACAGUGCACACUACUCGAUAUUGCCCGGGACCCUAUUGAGCAGGGCUUCGAGGCUGAGGGCUAUGAUCUGAUCAUCGCUUCAGAGGCUUUCGAUGCUGACAUGCCAAUGUCGCCCUCCCUAAAGAACAUAUUUACCUUGCUUGCCCCAGGUGGUCGACUGUUCUACCAAGGGGUGUUGUGCACAAUUCCUUUGAUCACAUACGUGAUGGGCAUCUUCCCCGAAUGGUGGGCUCAACAUGACCCCUCCUGCAGCAAGCCUUCCAUCACACCCGAGCAAUGGGAGAAUGAACUGAGGGAGACCGGGUUCGAGGUUUCUGGCAUGUUGACACUAAAGGACUCAUCGAUCUACCACAAGGGUACAGCUAUUGCAUCGCGGCCAUACCCUCUGGCCAAUAAACAUUCCAAGGAAAUUGCGAUUCUCUAUCUUUCCACAGUGCCGGAUUGGGCUCGCAUCUUAGCAAAGGAGAUAGAGAGAAGAGGGCAGCUCGUAACAUGGGUGGCUCUUGGAGCGAACCCUCCUGCAGGGAUAGAUUGGAUUUCAGUUAUAGACUUGGAAGGUCCAUUCUUCGAUGACAUCUCUCCAGAAAGGUUUGCUCAGUUCCAACAGUUCGUGAGUCAAAUCAAAAGCUCUCAUAUUCUCUGGAUCACAGGAAGCUCUCAGAUAUCAUGCAAUGAUUCGCGAUUGGGCCUCACUCUGGGAGUUAUCCGAACAAUUAGACACGAAGUGUCGCCUGAAUUCUAUACCCUCGAGAUCGAUGACUUUGACGAUACAUCUGCCAGUGCCACAGUUCGGGUUUUAGAGCACAUGAGGCGACAACUGAACCGUUCAAUCGUGGAUCCUGAUCGUGAAUUUGCAUUUCAUCAAGGAAGGCUUCAUAUUGGUAGGGCUCACUGGGUUAGCGCUCGCCAGGAGUUGUCCUCCACAAGGCCUGCCGACUGCGAAGCCAAGUUCCUAGAUAUCAGAUCAUAUGGAUUACUCGACACACUUGCGUGGUCGGAACGUGAGCACUGCGAAUUGCAAAAAAGUGACGUUGAAAUCGACAUGAAAUACGUUGGGCUCAAUUUCCGGGACAUGAUGGUCGCUCUAGGUGUGGUCGGCGACAGAAGUGAAUUCGGUGUUGAAGGCAGCGGUGUUGUCCGUCGAAUAGGCUCAUCAGUGACUCAUGUUAAUGUUGGCGAUGCGGUGAUUGUUAUUGGCGAUGGACUUCUGUGCACACGCAAAAUUGUUGCUGGGGAGCGCUGCUUCCCUCUCCCCGACGGGAUCGGCUUGGAAGAUGCGGCCACAAUUGCUUGUGUUUAUGGUACUGUAAUCCUGUCACUCACUCAGAUUGGCAGACUUCAGAAAGGCCAGUCUGUUUUGAUACAUUGUGGAUGCGGUGGUGUUGGACUGGCAGCCAUUCAAAUUUGCCAAAUGAUAGGGGCCGAGAUAUUCACAACUGUUGGCAAUGAAGAUAAAAUGCGCCAUCUGAUGGACACAUUUGGCAUCUCUCGAAAUCGCAUUUUUAGUUCUCGAGACCCAUCCUUCUUCCAGGGAGUAAUGGAGCAAACUGGAAAUCGCGGAGUGGACCUUGUUCUCAACUCUCUCUCCGGCGAGCUUCUACAUCUUUCUUGGAGAUGUGUUGCUAAGUUUGGAAAAAUGAUUGAGUUAGGGAAGCGUGAUCUGCUAGGAAAUGGCCAAUUGGACAUGAAUGUUUUUGCAGGAAAUAGGUCUUUCAUCGGUGUCGAUGCGAAGCAGAUCAUAGAUGAAGACAUCAGCCAGUUUCACAGUGUAAUGCAAGAAUGCAUGGAAUUCAUCGGGCAAGGAACGAUUAAACCCAUUCGACCACUUACGGUUUUCGACGCAGCAGACAUCUGCCAAGCUUUUCGGUUUAUGCAGACCGGGAAACAUAUGGGUAAAAUUGUUGUGAAGAUGCCCGAUGAUUCUUCGGAGCUUGGUGCUUCCCUGAGUUCCACAUUCAUAUCCCUCCCCUCCGAUGCUUCAAUUGUGAUGGUUGGGGGUCUAGGUGGUUUGGGCCGCACCGUGGCAAACUGGUUGGUCGAGAAGGGAGCGAGAAAUUUGGUAUUUCUCAGUCGAUCGGCAGGGAGCACCCCCGGAUCUCAGUCAUUCCUGGAAGAACUUCGCAAUCAAAAUUGUUCAGUGACUGUGAUCGCAGGAGAUGUGGCCAAUAUGGAUGAGGUACAACGUGCAGUGACGGCUUGCCAGAGGCGUAUUGCCGGGGUUAUCCACAUGCCCAUGAUGUUGAAGGAUCAAUUACUGUCGAAAAUGACGCACGAUGAGUGGUGCUCGGUUUUGGCCUCCAAGGUACAGGGAACGCAGAACUUGCACAACGCUCUCGUUGACCAUACACUUGACUUCUUUGUGUGUUUCGGUUCACUUGCUGGUCUCUGCGGGAAUGCUGGUCAAGCAAAUUACGCUGCAGCAAAUGCAUUCCUGGAUGCUUUUGUCCAGUACAGAUCAGGACGCGGACUUGCAGCAAGUGUCAUUGAUCUCGGUCUGAUGAACGAUGCAGGGUUUGCAUAUGAGAAUGCACCUAAACUCAUACAACGUGCAAAUUCCGCCUCAAUGCAAACUGUUGAAGAGCGCGAGCUAUUUCAGGCUCUGGAACUGGCAAUUUGCCAGUCAGGUCAAAUAGCACUGGGUCUCGGAACUACAAAGCCUCUCACUAGUCCCGGUGUCGUACCACCUUGGACUCGGGACGCGCGCUAUAGCAUGUGGUCAAAUAUCAUCUCGAACACUGAGCCAGUAGCAUCUGCGUUGGAUGGUGAUCUUAAGGAGCUGAUGGAUUCCGUGAAGAGUUAUCCUCAUAUACUAGAUGACCCUGCUACCCAAGUGAGAAUCACCAGAGUUCUUGGGGUGGAGAUUGGAUCUCAUUUAGGAAACAUUGACGAUAUGGACGAGAAUGAGAUCAACAACAUAGUGAUUGAGUCAUUGGCUAUGAUCGAAAUCAGAAGCUGGUAUCGCCGCCAUCUCGGCUUGGAGUUGCCUCUCGUCGAGAUUUCAAACUCGCAGACAAUAGGAGGCCUUGGAAAGGUGACGCUGCAGGCGCUACGUGCCAAAUACCAAGAAACCACCAACACGGAGGUUUCCGCGGGAGAUUCCACGCUCACAUCAAACGAUAAAGAUCUUCAGUAUCUCCAAGAUGCGACACUCGGUCGGACUAUUCAGCCCAUCCCAGAGCCAAUAUCCGAAUGGUAUGCUGAAUCUGAAGGGCAUGUACUUUUGAUAGGCGGCACUGGGUUUAUUGGCGCGUUCAUGUUGUCCAUGUUGGUCGCCCUGCCUGAACUGCAGACUGUCACUUGCCUGGUUCGCGCUGACUGCACGGUGACAGCGAUGAAACGGCUUGAAACAGCAUUUGCCAAGUUCCGCAUACCAAUCCAGUCCUGGGACAAGGUUCGAGCUGUUCCAGGAGAUAUCGCUCACCAAGAACUUGGUCUGGAAGCGGAUGAGCAUGAUCGUCUAUCCAGUCAAUGCAGUGCCAUUUUUCAUUUGGCCGCCUUUGUCAAUUUUACUCUACCAUACUCUGCUCAUCGGGACAUCAAUGUCCUUGGGCUUUUGAAUGUCCUCAAAUUUGCCAAUUCUCGCCGCCUCAAACCUGUUCAUUAUUUCUCGGGAAUGGCAGCAUAUGGCCCAUCAGGCUUUCUCAGCAGCCUGACAUACGUGCCAGAAAAUGAGAGGCCAGCACCUGGUUCCGGAGAUCUACAACACCAUACGGGUUACUCGCUCAGCAAAUACGUUGGGGAAUGCAUCGUAUGGGAUGCCAUCUCAAAUGGGUUUCCUCUCGCAAUUCAUCGAGCUGGUUUUGUUCUGGGAGAUAGUGCAACGGGAAUAGGAAACGCAGACGAUGCUAUUAAUCGCCUCAUGUCGACUUGCAUUAGUCUGGGCGCAUAUCCGAUUCCUCCUGCCCAGCGGAACUAUUUUGUCCCUGUUGACUUUGUGUGCUCGGCUGCUUUGCAUAUCUCACUGUCCAAUGGUAACCUCGGCCAGGCGUAUAACUUGAUUCAUCCAGACCAAGACCAAAAUAUCGAUCUAUCAACAACAUUCGGCAUACUCAGCCAAUUGACUUCGCCGCCACUCCGCGCUGUCGAGAUUUCUGAAUGGGCAGAACUAAUGUCAAAGAGAGUCGGUCAUCGUUUGAGUAGCAUGGCACCCGUAGUUGCAGAGAGAUUAAUGAAAGGGUCUAUUUGGUGGAACAGCAAACAAGAUGCAAUGGUGACUCAUGGGACUGAAAAUCUUCACAGAGCUUUGGCAGACCGGCCGGAUAUUCUAAAGUGCAAGACCAUGUUUGAACUAAUGGAGACAUACUUCACUCAGUGGCAGCAUCUUUAG